GUGAGGAUCAAUUGAUCAUACUGUGUACAUCGUGAUACGUGUUACAAUUAUUUUGUUUGUGUAUUGUAAUUUUAUUACAAGAAAGAAAAAUUGAUGUAAUUUGUGAAUAGAAAUUUUAAAUGAUCCUUUAUAUCGUAUAACGAUAAUAUUCGUUGAAUUCAUUGAUAUAAAGAAAGCGUUUCGUUAUUCUAAUUGCAUUUAAUAAGUUUGAGGUUAAAGAUACUAGUGAUAUUAAAUAAGUUAUGUGUUUUCUCUUAAAUAUUAUUAAAGAACGAAUAUAAACCCUGUCAGCCUUAUUUAGCAAUUGGUAGAAGUAGCAUUGAAGUUUCCUUACCAAACAACGAAACAUGGCUGAUUAUUGGAAGUCCCAGGGACGGAAAUUCUGUGACUUCUGUAAAUGUUGGAUCGCUGACAAUAAACCGAGUAUCGACUUCCACGAGGGCGGAAAGAAGCACAAAGAAAAUGUCAGUAAAAGACUCAAGGAAAUACACAAGAACAGCGCGAAGCAGGCAAAACAAAACAAAAAAUUCGAAGAUGAUCUAAAGAAGAUGGAAAACGCUGCCAUGGCUGCUUAUCUCAAAGAUGUUGAAAACAAUACGAGAGAUAUGACGGCUGACAGGAUAAUAAAAGAAAAACUAAAUCGAUCGGAAAGCCUAAAAACGCCACAAAAUGCGAAUUCGAUGCCAGAAGCUGCACCGGAAACAGUACCGAGAUUCAAACAAAAUAAUUAUCGACACUUCCCCCAAGAAAUUGAUCCUUGCGAUCCAACGGCUUUGACGAGGUUGUCGCAUACGAAGAAUCAGCAAAGUACCAGCGUCGAGAAUAAAACUCAAGGGAAGAAUAAAGCAAGUAAAGGAAAGGGGAAAAAAAAAAAGGCCCAAGAGGACGAUGGACGAAGAAAAGCCGUCAGGAAACUUUGGUAUGAGGCUCUCAGUCCCGAAGGAUACACUUACUACUGGCACAUAGAAACUAAUGAAUCAGUCUGGGAACCUCCAGAAGAGGGUUAUAUGACAUUUGCCGAGCAAGAAGAGGAAGUGAAGGAACAAGCUCUUCAGGAAGAACUUUUAGAGCAGUUAAAAAAGGAAGAGGAGAUUGAAAAAGCCGAUCUUAUUGAAGAACAAAGGGCUAAUGCCGAACGAGAAAGAAUGAAAGAAUUGCGAAAGCAGCAACAAAGAAAACAAGAAGUACAAAUUAAAGAGGAAGACAGUAAAGAGAUUAUUGUAAAACAAGAGUCGAAAGAAGAAGAAGAGAAACCUUACAGAAGGGAUUACAGUAUUCCUGAGUUUCAGCAGCCUUAUGGAUCCUGGGAGACUGUAAAAGUCAUAGAAAGGAAACCUGUAGAUCUUCAAUUGCCGCAGCAAAAGCAGAUACAGUUGCCUAUUUUCGAAAAAUCCGAACCACCUCCGCCUCAAAGAAUCUUCAAAGAGAAAACUAUUACAACUAUAUCGACAGGAGAUAGCGAUGAUGAGGGUUCGUCGUUAAGGAUCUUCAAAAAACGGAAGAUAGGAAAUAAAAAUGUACGAAAGAGGUUGGAAGACGAUUGAUCUUGCUACAUAAAUAUUUUGCGUAUAUUUCGAUUCGAAGAUAGAUAAUGAGAAUCCUCUUUGUACGUACUUUUUAAUAAAAAUUUAAAAGGAACUGUAAUAAUGUCAAAUUUUAGUAAAAAUAGAAAA